AUGGGCGGCCUUCAUGCAAUUCCACUCUCGAUUUGCAUCACUCUUCUCUUUGUUAUCAAUGGAGAAGCUGUUACUCCUAGAGAAACACUUGAGAUAAUCAUAGGCGGUGGUGGUGCGUCUCCAUUGCCACCACCGCCUGAUUAUCAAGAUUGCCCCCCUCCUCCUCCCCCUCCAUGUCCUCCACCACCAUCUCCACCAAAACAAUACCCACCACCACCACCUCCGCCAGAACGACCCCUAUCUCCAGCUCCACCAAAACGACAACCACCUCAACCACCAAAACGACAACCACCACCACCACCACCACCAGCCGGUGAUUACGGUGGUUACGAGAGCGAGCUACUAGCACUUGCUGCUCCAGUAAUCAAAGCUUUCAAAAAAAAGGUGACAUACGAUCCCAAAAACAUUACAAAAACAUGGAUGGGCAAAAAUAUAUGCAGAGAUUACAAAGGUUUCAUUUGCGACACCGUACCGAAUCGUAAUCAAAAAGGCAUCGCCGGCGUCAACUUCAACAACUAUAACUUCAAUGGCAAACACCUAACCCUCAGUGAACUCCUAAUCGGUUUGAAAGAUCUGGCUUUUUUCCAUGCAAACUCCAACAACUUCACGGGCUCCAUCCCUUUAAAAAUAAGCACGCUCCAGUACUUAUACGAACUCGACCUCAGUAACAACAAUUUCUCCGGCGACUUUCCCCAUGAAGUCUUCGGUGCAAAAAGGCUAGUAUUCCUCGACCUCAGGUUCAACAAUUAUUUCGGCAUGGUUCCUUCACAAGUCUUUCUUCUCAACCUCGACUUGCUAUUCAUCAACGACAACAACUUCAAGCAAACACUCCCCGAAAACCUUGGUUCAACCACCGCGCUUUAUUUAACCCUAGCUAACAACCACUUCGUUGGUGAAAUCCCUAGGAGCAUUGGUGGAGCUGCCAACACCCUACUGGAGGUUCUUUUCUUGAACAACCAGUUAACCGGUUGCUUGCCAUAUGAGAUCGGACUUCUGAAGAAAUCCACAGUGUUCGACGUCGGAUCCAACGAUCUAACAGGCCCAAUCCCACACUCGUUUCAGUGCUUAGAGAAAAUGGAGAUUCUGAACUUGGCUCACAAUAAGUUCUACAACGAGGUGCCGGAGGCGGUGUGCAAUCUUCCGAAACUAUCGAAUUUCACUGUAUCGUAUAAUUAUUUCACUCAGGUUGGGCCCCAGUGCCGGGAACUGAUCAAGAAAGGUGUUCUUGAUGUGAAGAUGAACUGCAUUUUGGAUCUUCCGAAUCAAAGAUCACCGACAGAUUGUGCUCGUUUCUUUUCGAAUCUUCCUUCUUGCCGUGAUAAAAAAUCUCUGACAUAUAUACCUUGCUCCAAAGGGUAUUCUGGUAAUCAGUUGGAGACGUCCAACGUUCAAUGGGCUACUCCGUCGCCGGCACCGGCUCCUCUAUGGCGAAGUUAUGGUGCUCUUUCGCCACAUUAA